ACAGUUGACAAGUAAUCUCUUCUCUCUCUCUCUCUCUCUGCCAAUUAAAGCUUCUCUCUUUCCUCCGUUAGACCCGCUCUCUCUCUCUCUCCUAACUUUCUUCUUCGUCUUCAACACAGGACCCACCUCAUCUGCGUGUUCUCUCUUUCUUCACGAUGACCUCGAAGAACAACAGCUUGUCGGCCGCGCUCGUCUCGAAUCUCCAGGACGUGCUUUCCAAGAGAAAAGGAGGAAGCGAUGGAUCCGCGGAGGAGGAGCCUCCUCCGUCUACUUCUGUCUCCGUCGAUGUUGCGGCCAAGGAGAUGGAUGAGUCAAGACCCAUCGUUUUAGUCACGAAUGGAGAUGGGAUUGAUUCGAUUGGGCUCGUCUCUCUCUUCGAGGCUUUGGUUAAGGAAGGGCUCUACAAUGUCCAUGUCUGUGCUCCUCAAACGGAUAAAUCGGUUUCUUCUCAUUCCAUGACUCCUGGCGAAACCAUUGCUGCGAGUUCCGUUAACAUCAAAGGUGCCACAGCCUUUGAAGUUUCAGGGACUACUGUGGACUGCAUCUCAUUAGGAUUAUCUGGAGCGCUUUUCGCUUGGUCUAAACCAAUACUGGUAAUUAGUGGAAUCAAUCAGGGAUCAAGCUGUGGGCAUCAAAUGUUCUAUUCCGGUGGAGUGGCUGGAGCCAGGGAAGCCUUGAUUUCUGGAGUACCGUCUUUGUCUAUAUCACUGAACUGGAAGAAAGAUGAAAGCAAAGAAAGUGACUUUACGGAUGCUGUUGGUGUCUGUUUACCUUUGAUAACCGCCACAAUUAGAGACAUUGAGAAAGGAGUUUUCCCCAAAGAUUGCUCUCUCAACAUAGAAAUCCCAACAUCACCCUCAUCAAACAAGGGUUUUAAGGUAACAAAACAAAGCAUGUGGAGGCAGAGUCCUAGCUGGCAAGCUGUUUCAGCUAACCGUCACCCUGGUGCUGGGAAUUUCAUGUCCAACCAACAAAGCCUAGGAGCUCAACUUGCUCAACUUGGCAGAGAUGCCUCAGCUGCUGGAGCGGCUCGUCGCUUCACCACACAGAAGAAGAGUAUUGUGGAGAUUGAAUCGGUUGGUGUUGCUGCCAAAACUGAUAGCCGUGUUAAGAAAUACUUCCGCCUAGAGUUUGUGGCUAAAGAACAAGAACAUACGGAUGAAGAUUUGGAUAUCAAGGCUCUAGAAGAUGGUUUUGUUUCUGUGACUCCAUUGUCGCUACUUCCAAAGAUGGAUUCAGAAACUCAAGCCGCAGCAUCAGAAUGGAUCUCCAAAGCCCUUAAUGCUGAUCAAUGAAAAAGGUCCUUCUAGUAAAUUAUGUUGCAUGAUUUGGCCAAACAAAUCUGGUAACUAGAUUCAGCAUGUGUUUGUCGUUUUAACCCUUUUGUUUAUUCUAUUUGUUCGAUUUCCCUCGUGGCUUGCUUCUGUUGGCUUGUUUGUUUGUCAGUAGCUGUUUUGGAACACUUGCCUUUGUAAUUGAAAAGGGUCGGUCUACUUUUAUUAUCUUCUAAAUUCGUAGAAACUUUGUAUUAAUAUUUGUUUUUUGUAUACCUUUUGAUUGAGAAGAACGGUCCCAAAUC